CCUGAUUCUCACUCCGGUGACUCGAGGGAAUUUGGAGGCAGAGUCAUCGAAUGGACUUUGAAACAGUUUAGUGCCCGUGAAGUUCAGCAAUGUGUUGUGGGCUUCUCCCAAAACUUCCAAAAGUACCUCGUUUGAACUGAGUCACUGCAAUCUGCAGCCUGGAAUUUCCCUUUAAGCGACGUACUUUUGAACCAUUUUAAUGAACGAGUGAUUUCAUGUUCUUCUGAAGGACCUGGCAGUCUUAACUGUCAUGCACGCCAGUAUGACACCUUUAAAUGGACGAGGAUAACUCACCAUGGCCAGAGGAGGGGUGGACAUACGGCCAGGCUGAAAAGCCGGAGAAUGGAGCUCCCCCCACCCAGUAUCUUGUACUGUCGCUGGAGAACAAGAUUGAGGAACUUGGGGCAAGAUUGCUGUACUUGAGGGAAAUGAGGAAUUGCUGUGUUCCGUGUUUCACAGAGACAAGGCUCACUCUGAAGACCCGAAGGCUUCUCGAUACUGUACAUUGGAUGAACCGGACAUCUGAUUCAGAAAAGACAAAAGGACAAUCACACCGUCCCUGUCAGGUCGCAGACCGGCUGCUCUUUCCCCUCCUGCUGGACGAACCGCAGCCAGGGAUGAAGGUCUGGAUCAUCACUGGGCUGCUGGCAGUUGCCUGCUUGACCAUUGGCCUCCUGCUGGGGCACUUCGCCAUCCCGAAGGAUGGGGACACGGGGGGAGAGGGUCCCACCCAGGACAUCAACGAGCAGCUCAUCCAGAGCUUCAUGAACGAGAUCGACCCCCAGAAGAUCAAGGAGAACCUGAGGGUCCUCGCCAAGAAGCCACACAUGGCCACCAGCACAGGAGACAAAGAUCUGGUGAAGCUGCUGCUGGACAGGUGGAACGACCCUAAAUCGGGACUGGACGAGGCCAAGAAGGUGACAUACAAUGUACUGCUGUCUUUUCCGCAGAAGGAGAAGCCCAACUCCGUGACCGUGGUCUCCACCAGUGGGAAAGAACUCUUCAGGUCUCGUGUCAAGGAGGUGAACUACACCCAGGAUCAACUGGACCCCGAUGUGGUACAGCCCUUCGCGGCUUAUGCACCUAGUGGAAUCGCAAAGGGUAAGCUGGUGUACGCCAACCAGGGGAGCAUGGCGGACUACAUUAACCUGAUUGAGAAACAUCACAUUGACCUCAACAACACGGUGGCCAUCGUCAAGUAUGGAGGCACGGGCCGGGUCGACAAGGCGAUCAACGGAGCACGAUUUGGGGUGGUGGGCAUCAUCGUCUACACGGACCCGGGGGACAUAAACGACGGCAAAGUUAGCGAUGUGAAUGAGACCUACCCCCACUCGUGGUAUCUCCCGCCCUCCGGCGUCGAGCGUGGCUCCUACAAGAACAACUUCGGUGACCAGCUGACUCCCUACUACCCAGCGAAAGACUACACAUUCAGACAGAAGGAAUCCGACAUCAAGGGCCUCUCGCCCAUUCCAGCCCAGCCAAUCGGCUUUGAGGAUGCCCGUCAGCUGAUCUGUGCCCUGGGUGGAGUUGAAGCCCCAAGCCAUUGGCAGGGAGGGCUCGGCUGCAUGUACCGGCUGGGACCCGGAUUCACAAAUCAGAGCUCCUUCACAACCAGCGAUGUGCACGUCAGCGUCUUCAACAAGCGGGAGGUGAAGCCGUCAGACAACGUGAUCGGAAUUAUCCGCGGGAACGUGGAGCCAGACCGCUAUGUCAUUUACGGGAAUCACCGGGACAGCUGGGUGCAUGGCGCGAUCGACCCCAGCAGCGGGACGGCGGUGAUGCUGGAGAUCAGCAGGGUCCUGGGCAAGAUGGUGAAGGAUGGGAUAUGGCGCCCGCGUCGCUCGAUCAUAUUCGGCAGCUGGGGCGCGGAGGAGUUUGGGCUCAUCGGCUCCACGGAGUGGACGGAGGAGUUCUACCGGAUCCUCACCCAGAGGGCAGUGGCCUACAUCAAUGUCGACAUCGCUGUGUUCGCUAACGCCACCCUGCGGGCCCUGGGAUCUCCAAUUGUGCAGAAGGUCAUGUUUGACGCAGCAAAGGAGGUCCCAGCACCCGGACACACAGACCUGACCGUCUACAGUAACUGGAUGAAGCAUUCCAACCGCACGAGUGCUCAUCACGGCCUCAUCCCAUUCAUGGCAUCCCUGGGUGCAAGCAGUGACUACGCCUCCUUCUUCCAUUACCUGGGGGUCAGCUGCAUGGACAUCGCCUACACCUUCGACAGGUCAGCGACAAGUGCCCGGAUUUACCCUGCCUACCACACUGCAUUUGACACCUUUGAUUACGCCUCUCGCUUCAUCGACCCAGGGUUCACCAGUCACCAAGCCGUGGGAAGGACAGCAGGGAAUGUUCUGCUAAGGUUGGCAGACAGCGCUCUCCUGCCCUUAAACCCUGGUGACUACAUGGAGGCCAUCUGGGAAUUCUUGGAUACCGCAGAGAAGGAGCUGGGUUCUGAGCUGGAGAAGAAAAACGUCUCCCUGGUCCCCCUGCGGAGCGCUGUCGAGCGACUGGACCGCCAGUAUCAAUCGUUCAGCGAGCGUCUCGCCCAACUGGAGAACCUGCGGGAGAGACCCCUGCAGCUCCGGAAGGUGAACGAUCAGCUGAUGCUCCUGGAGAGAUCGUUCCUCGACCCGCUUGCCUUCCCAGACCAGCUCUAUUACCGCCACGUCCUGUACGCCUCGCAGAGCUCUCCGGUGCAGACAUUCCCGGGGCUGGCGGACGCCGUGCAACUUGCCCUGCAAACAGCAGAACCAUCCGCCUGGGACGCGGUCCGGAGACACAUCACUAUCCUCAUCCACUCGCUGGAUAGCGCGGCCUCCACCCUCGACGGCCCACUGCCCGACUAACGGCCUGGGCAACCACCACCUCACCCCACGGUCCCCAGACAACCCCCGCCCCCGGGUACCUGCCCACCGCUGGCCUUCGCCCCUCACUGCCCACCGCACGGAAGCUGACCGUGUGGCCCUCAAGUACCCAUCCCGUCACGGUGGUGCGGCGGUUCGAGUAGCGCCAUUCCAGUUCGGGGCGUCGGAGUUCAAUGCUGACCUCACCUGCGAGAAGUCAGCAGGUCCCCCCACGUGGGCUCUUCCUUUGGGUGCUCCAGUUCCCUCCACACUCCAAACAAGUUUGAUCAUUGUAAACUGUCCUGUGAUUAGGAGAGGCUUCAAUUGUUGGUUGGCGGGCAGCGCGGCUCGGAAGUUCCGCUCUGCAUCUCUAAAUAAACCAAUAAAUUUCCUAUCAUUUGGAGUCUGCUUCUUGUCGCCUCUCAGAGUCCCAGUCUCCACCACCACCUGCGGUGUCUUCCCGAUCCCAAUGCCUCUCUGCGGGAAAGAAUUCCUCCUCGGAUCCCCCCUACACAGGCACAAAUAGAAAGCUAGGGAGAGGGAGC